AUCAGUUCGUUCUGCAGCAUUAGAUAAGUCACCAGUUGUGUAUCAGCUGGACAUCGAGCAUGACCUCGACGGGUAGUGAACUCUCUUCCGCGCCAUCCGCUGAAUGUUGGCGAAAUGCCAAGUUUUUCGAGGAUGUGGUCCGGGCCGAUUUGAACGCGGAUGCUUCCGAAGUUGUUCACGUGGUCGACGUUCAGGUUGCAAACGCCAACGCCAAGGUCGAGGGCUACAUGUCCCUGAUGCACCGAGCUGCGGUGGAGUUCCAAGUCGGAGGUGCCGGGGUGGUUCAAACACGGUCCUACAUCGUGAAGGAGAAGUCUAGCAAGGUAUUUGGGGGUGACUUUGUGGAAAAGUUAGCUGUUUUUAGCAAAGAGAUUGAGAUGUACGAGACAUUUCUACCAGCAUUUGAGGAGUUUUGGGGUGAAGCAGGAAUUCAAUUCGGUCCCAGGGUACUCAAAACGGUCUCUACGCCAUACACGGUGAUUGUGAUGGAAGAUUUGAAGUCCAAGGGUUUCUCUAUGAAGCAGCGUACUGAAGGGUUGAGUUUGGAGCUUUGUGAACAGGUGCUUAGCAAAGUGGCCAAGUUUCAUGCAGCUUCCGUUGUUUACUACGAACAGAAUGGACCAUAUCCGGAAGAUUUUAAAGAGGGCAUUUUUUCUGAGAAGCUGAAAGAAGACAUGGAGGCUUAUUGUGCACCACUAUUAGAAUCCUACAUCCAAGCUAUGGAGGAUUUGGGCUUCCCUUUGGAAGUUAGGGAAGCACUUAAUUUUUACAGAGGUAAACUGUACUCCUACUUGUGCAAACUGCUUGAACCGGAUCCAGCUAAGUUUAACGUGCUAAACCAUGGAGAUCUUUGGGUUAACAAUUUACAGUUCAGUGAAACUGAAGUUCUGCUGCUGGAUUACCAAAUUGCAGUCUACGGUUCACCAUCUUUGGACCUGCUGUAUUCCAUCAUCAACUUAUCGGCUUUAGAUGUUCGCACGGACAAGUUCGAUCAUCUUAUUGAGCACUACCACAGCGAAUUGGCCAAAUCUUUGAAUGUUUUGAACGCCAAAACUACGAUUCCCACACUACAAGAUAUUCAAGAAGAUGUCCGGCAGCACGGAUUCCUGGCCUGUUUAAUGUCGAUGGAGGGCCUCCUGAUGAUUCUGGUCCCAGAGGUGGAGCUCAACAUGGAAAUGCUAGGCUCCAGUACCGAAGCUGGUUUUGAAUACAGGAAGAGCUUUUACUCCAAUCCGCGAGUUAAGAGCAUGCUAGAGAAGCUGGUUCCGUUCAUGUGGGAGAGGGGCUUCUUGAAAAUGGCUGAAUAAAAUGACUUGCUUGUUGAUUUUAAACUUUA